UUGCAUUAUAUACACACACCACUGACAUAUUUGUUCUUUCUUUAGCUUGAGCAACCUUUUUCAUAAGACUUUGCCAUUUUCUUCUGGUUAUGUUUCGUUGAUCAAUCUUGAUGUUUAUAAAUAUAUACAUAUAGAGAGAGAGAGAGAGAGAAGAGAAGAGAAGAAGUGAAGCAAGCAUGGUAGGAGGUGGAGGUCAGGCACCGCCGCCAAAACAAGAGGAGCUUCAGCCUCAUCCGGCAAAAGAUCAGCUUCCUAAUAUCUCUUAUUGCAUAACAAGUCCUCCUCCUUGGCCUGAGGCUAUCUUACUUGGUUUCCAACAUUACUUGGUGAUGCUUGGCACAACGGUUCUCAUCCCGGCCGCUCUGGUGCCCCAGAUGGGAGGUGGAAAUGAGGAGAAAGCAAAGGUGAUUCAAACGAUACUGUUUGUUGCUGGUUUGAACACAUUAUUCCAAACGUUAUUUGGAACUCGUUUACCUGCUGUUAUUGGAGCCUCGUAUUCCUAUGUGCCGACAACCAUUUCGAUAAUCUUGGCUGGCCGAUACAGCGACGUUGUGAAUCCUCAGGAGAAGUUCGAGAGGAUAAUGCGGGGGACGCAGGGUGCCCUUAUUGUCGCCUCGACUCUCCAGAUUGUUGUUGGCUUCAGUGGCCUUUGGCGUAAUGUUGCGAGGUUCCUGAGUCCGUUAUCUGCUGUUCCUCUUGUAGCUCUAUCAGGCUUUGGACUAUAUGAGUUUGGUUUCCCUGUGGUUGCAAAAUGUGUGGAGAUUGGGCUGCCUCAACUCAUCAUUCUAGUAGUAUUUUCACAAUACAUACCUCAUUUGAUACGUGGGGAGAGGCAUGUGUUUGAUCGCUUCGCCGUCAUAUUCUCCGUGGUGAUUGUGUGGGUUUAUGCUCAUUUGCUCACUGUUGGUGGGGCAUAUAAGAACACUGGACCUAAAACUCAAGCCAGUUGUCGAACUGACCGCGCUGGCAUUAUUGGUGCUGCCCCAUGGAUAAGAGUUCCUUAUCCCUUCCAAUGGGGAGCCCCAACUUUUGAUGCUGGAGAAGCGUUUGCAAUGAUGGCUGCUUCAUUUGUUGCUCUUGUAGAGUCCACUGGUGGCUUCAUUGCUGUGUCAAGGUAUGCAAGUGCAACUCCGCUUCCGCCUUCUAUUCUUAGCCGUGGCGUUGGUUGGCAGGGAGUUGGCAUUCUGUUCUGUGGUAUUUUCGGGACGGGAAACGGAUCAUCAGUAUCCGUUGAAAAUGCUGGUUUGUUAGCAUUGACACGUGUUGGUAGCCGAAGAGUUGUUCAGAUUUCCGCCGGUUUCAUGAUCUUCUUCUCUAUACUUGGAAAAUUUGGAGCUGUGUUUGCCUCAAUUCCACCGCCGAUCAUCGCAGCUUUGUACUGCUUUUUCUUUGCCUAUGUUGGUUUAGCAGGUCUCAGCUUGCUCCAGUUCUGCAAUCUAAACAGUUUCAGGACCAAGUUUGUUCUAGGCUUCUCAAUCUUCAUGGGCUUAUCAAUCCCACAAUACUUCAAUGAGUACACAGUUAUUAACGGUUACGGUCCUGUCCACACUGGAGCAAGAUGGUUCAAUGACAUGAUCAAUGUCCCAUUCGCGUCGGAAGCCUUUGUCGCCGGCCUGUUGGCGCUGUUCUUAGACGUCACAUUGCACAAGAAAGACAAUGCAACAAGGAAAGACAGAGGCAUGCAUUGGUGGGAUAGGUUCAGAUCCUUCAAGACAGAUACAAGAAGUGAAGAAUUCUAUUCCUUGCCUUUCAAUCUCAACAAGUUUUUCCCAUCAGUUUGAUAUUCAUGUUGGAACAAUCUAGUUCUAAAGAUGGGUCUCCUUCAACAUCUCAAACCAAGCUUUGACACUUAAAAAUGGCAUCUCCUUUUCUCCUCCAUUGAUGUCAACUCCAUGGAAGCACAUCCUUAAUUAAGUAUUAUAAAUGAGAAUCUUUUUUUUUUGUUUUUUUUCACAGCUUUUGUUUCUUUUGUAGUAGUUGUACUUUUCUUGUGAAAACAAUAUUAUAGUAUUGAGAUACUGAGAUUGGUAUACAAACCGUAUCUUUGCCAAUUGACAAAUUUAAUGCAUUGUAGCAGCUUU